CACAUACCCUACCCGUAUGAUACCUCCCAGCAGCUCUCCCAGCUACUGUACUACGAUGCCGUAGCUAGCUAGUACAUGUACUGUACCAACAGCGUGACUUGUUGGCUUGCACUCGUCACCUCCGUCCAUUCGCAUGCAUACGGUAGCCCAUCUGACCGCGUAGUAACCACCUAUCCACCUUCGUUCUUUAUUACAGUACAUGUUCUGGAGUUAUACAAACCUCGUGAGGCCGCUGCACUCAUUUUUGUGCCACCAAUACCGAUAUACAGCAGACUGGCUGAAGGAUGAGAUCAGAAGCAAGAGCCGAUGUAUUGCAUGCUGUUGACGACAGCAGGCGCAAGCGGAAACUGACUGAGUUUGAGAACCCAACAAUGAAACUCACCGACCAAGAGAGAGAAUAUGCUCUCAAGAUAAAACGGGCCUUGGAAGAAGAGGAUGAGGUGCUGGCAAGAGCUAUAAGUGACAUGGAGAUUGCAAGUUAUGCCAUCGUUGACCAAGGAGACCUUGAACGGUCUCUCGAGCGAGCCGAGUGUAUGCAGGCUUUUCGGAUGGAUUACAACAUCAGCGACACUGUGGAAGAUGGUAUACAAGUUCUGAGAACAUUUCAAGAGCUUUGUCCAGGCAUGCUCUUGUCCAUUGACCCUUGUACUGAUGGAGAUAGCGACAACGGAUCACACGUUGUGGUUCUUGAUUUGACCAAGAAUAACCCUCUUUCUUUCCUCAAGAGCCCCAAGAACUUUCGCUACGCUAUAGGCGGUAUAUACUACAUGAUUCGCUGCAUGCAACCUGACCUCAAGAGUGUCCGAGAGGGAUAUCGACAAAUUUUGGAAUGUGACGGUAUCGGCUGGAACAAUUUAUCCAGUAAAGUUGACCAACGCUGCAUAGAUGAACUUCUCCACAAUCUACCACAUCGAAGAAAAUCCAUGAAAAUCCUAAGAGCGUCUCCUAUUAUGCUUGUCAUCGGUUCCCUCAUGAAGCCGUUCUUACCCAAAGAGGAAUAUGAUGCCAUUAUAUUUGGAUUUCAAAACCAAGAUGCCACAGAAUUUCCAGAACGGCUUGAUAACUACUUCCUACAACCUGACCCAGAAGCAGCCUUUGAAGGGCUGAUGCGAAAGUGUCAAAGCUACCUCACAAAACGAGCUGAGACUGAAAAAUCAUUCAAGCUAGAUUGAGGGAUGCUACCAUACCCCACGCUUUGCUUUGAACUGUGGCCUCGCUUGAUAUCUCCACUUGCUACGUUUGCCAUCUGCUACCCACACUGCUUGUAGAGCACAGCGACGAUUUUUUCUAGGAUCCUUUUGCUUGUUGAGAGUGCUGUGACCAUAUCGUGAGAACAGUGACAUUGGCUCAUGGAAAUGUUGAACGACAUUCGCAGUCGUUGUCAGUCGCCAUUGCCCAAUUUCCGGGUUGCAUGUGGAUAUGCACCUUUGGGAGUAGAAGCAAUUCUUGGGAUCUCAGCAAGUGUACCGGUAAAUGGGACAUGGAUUCCUAUCACAAUCCAAACUAAACUCUGCAAGGGCAGAUAGAUUGCUCUUUACUGUGUCCAGCAGAGCCAUAGAAAUGGUUGUGGUGGGCUAGCUAGAGUAUUGGAUUAUUUGCUGCGAAAGCCGGAGUCAGACUUGGCUUAGACUCACUACCGUACUAGAACUACGUAAUGUCCUCCAAAUUAGCGGAGCAGGAUCCUAUUCGGGGAGCUGUAACAGAUGCC